AAAAAAAUACUUGAAGAGCACUUGUAAUCAAGAAUCUAAACUCACUUAAUUUCUAUACAAUAAUAGUAUAACAUUUACUCAUAAAGAUCAGAGUAGAGUAGAAGUGGAUCUAAGAAGUGAGUUGUCGGCAGCAGAUAUGGGCAGUUUGCUAUUUCUAGCAAGAGUUUCCGGUCUUGCAGUAGCAUUUCUUGUUCUCUUCUGGACUCUCUCUUUCAAAUCCAGCUUCCUCAAUCCUUCACUUCCUCAACAAGAUCUCAUCUAUUCAAUUCUUCAUCCUUUACUCAUGGUCAUUGGGUUUAUCCUCUUAAGUGGAGAAGCAAUUUUGGUGCAUAGAUGGUUACCUGGAUCCAAAGGGUUAAAGAAAUUAAUGCAUUUAUGGCUUCAAGGAUUGGCUUUAUGUUUUGGGAUAUUUGGAAUUUGGACUAAGUUUCAGGGAAAGGAUGAUGGGAUUUUGGCUAAUUUCUAUAGUUUGCAUUCAUGGAUGGGUUUUAUUUGUGUAUCCCUCUUUGGAGCUCAGUGGCUAAUAGGGUUCUCGAAGUUUUGGCACCGAGGAGAAGUGCGAAGAGUGAGGAAAAUGAUGUUACCUUGGCAUGUAUUUGUUGGUCUAUACACUUAUGCAUUGGCAGUAGCAACGGCUGAAACUGGAUUACUAGAGAAGUUAACAUUCUUGCAAACACAAAGAAAUGUAUCCAAACACAACACAGAGUCCAUGGUUGUAAAUACUUUAGGACUUUCUCUUGCUCUCUUUAGUGGCUUUGUUAUUUUAGCUGCUGUUUCACCUAAUAACUAUCAAUUUCUUCAAACCAAAAUUUUGUAUUCAUCUUAAUAAAACUCAUUUUCUUCACCAAUAACACCUAAAUGUAUAAUUUAUGGAGGUGUUGUUGCUGUUGUUGUUCUCUAUAUAGAGAGAUAUUAAAGAUAAUACAUUGUUGGUGUGAAUUAUUUUAUAUAAUCAUUCUAUAAACUUUUUUCUUAGGUUCA